AUGGCCCGCGACACAGACUCCCCUGAUAUCUUUACAUCUUUCUCAAAAUGCAUUGUCUACUUGGACAUACUUGUACGGGAAACAAAGCACCCGGCAUAUAAUUUGAAAGACUCUCCACCAGAACAAGACAUCCGGGAUAUUCGCCAGGACCUUAACCAGUGGGGCGUAGCAUACGGGGCAAACCGUAGUAUAUCUUCUACCUUGUCACUCGAUUACAAGUUUCAAAAAUAUGACUAUACCAGAUCUACGAUACUGUCGCAGCUUGGGCACUUGGUAGAGGAUUUGGAGGGUCUCCAGAAGCUAUAUAAAGGAGAAAGCUACCAAGGCCAGUUAAGAGUAAUAUUUGGUAGAGUUGAAAGUGUGGUCAAUGAGUUAAUACGUUUCUUGGGGCAUCUUCCAAAGGAGCUAUGGCUUGAGCUGGACAGGCGAGGCGAGAUGUCCAUGUAA